GUGUCUUAUUUGUUGUGGGUAACAUGGUCUCUCUCUACCCACUUCAUCACUUGUUAAACUUCAUCAUCAUCUUCAUCACUUUCCCCAGAACAAAACCAAAGAACAAAGAACAGGGUUGGCUUUAAAAGGCCAUCAUCAUCAUCAUCAUCAUCAUCAUCAUCAUUCAGUGUGUUUUGAGGAGCAGAGGAAAGGAAGUCAUGGAAGUGGUUCAGUUGCAAGGAAGGUUCAUUGACUUCAUAUCUUCUCUUUUCAGGGAGGGAUUUCUGGAUGAUCAGUUCACUCAGUUACAGCAGUUACAGGAUGAAAGCAAUCCUGAGUUUGUAAUGGAAGUGGUCUCUCUUUUCUUUGAAGACUCUGAAAGGCUUCUCAAUGAGCUCACCUCCACCUUGGAGCAACAAGUUGUAGAUUUUAAGAAAGUUGAUGCUCAUGUUCAUCAGUUGAAAGGAAGCAGUGCUAGUAUAGGUGCUCAGAGAGUCAAGAAUGUAUGUGUAGCUUUUCGCAAUUUUUGUGAAGCCGGUGAUCGAGAAGGAUGUUUGAGGUGUUUGCAGCAAGUCAAGCAUGAGUAUUCCCUUGUGAAGAACAAGCUCGAAACCGUAUUUAAGCUGGAGCAGCAGAUUGUUCAGGCUGGUGGGUCAAUUCCAUAGAUGUUAAACAUAUGAAAAGGGAAUUGAAAGGAUUCAUUUUGGAACAAUCUGAUCAUGUUUGGACUAUGUCAAUUAUCAUCGUUUUGUCUUUGUUUUUCCUCAGUUAUUGAUAUGAUGUAAAGAGAGAACUCAGAUAAUCUUGAACUUGCUGUUUUUCGGCAUUAACUUUUCAUUUAUGCAUGUAAAUUGCAGGCUUGGUUUGAUUUAAUCCAUUUUCCAUGCUCUUGA